UCCUCCCCCGGCCUGUCUCCCCUCCCUGUAGCCGCUGUAGAUGUGCUCCACGGCGGCGGUGAUGAGCUCGGUGAGCCGCUCCUUCAGCUCCCCGGUGUCCGCCUCCCGGUGCUCCUUCAGCAGCCUGUAGAUCUCCUCCGCCGCUAACCGGAGCUGCUCGUCGACCAGAGCCCUCAGCCGACGGUUCUCCGAGCUCACGGAUCUCCUUUUGGACAUUUUUGACCCCAGUUUACACCGAACAAAGAGCGGGAUGUAAACAAAGCCAGGCUACUUCCGGGGUCUUCACCAACACGUCAUUUCCUGCUUACGUCGGAGUACGUCUAUCGUUGUCUGCUAACAGCUAACGGCUAACAUCGCCGUUAACUGUCCGGUUACCGGACUCCGGAGCUUUUUCUGUGUUUUGGGGGGUGUUACGGAGUUUUUCGGACCCUGUCGAGGUUUUCUCUUGCCUCUUGUCUGUCCAGGAGCUGAUUUCACCCAAACACUAGGGCGCUGACAUGCCUCCACAUGAUAUGAAGAAGAAGAAAAACGGCGUUCCUGACCGAUGGUUGGAGUACCAUCCUAUAGGGCAUAGAAUUCCUGGAACUAGAUUCAUCGCCUUCAAAGUUCCUCUAAAAGCAAACCGUCAGGUCUCUGCGGUGGACUCGUUCAGCCUGUGGGACCUGCUGGACUCGGUGCAGAGUCAGGGCGAGGAUCUGGGUCUGAUCAUUGACCUGACCUUCACCACCAAGUACUACCAGCUGAGCGACGUCCCGCAGUCUGUCACCUACAUGAAGAUCCCCACCCAGGGUCAGCGGGUUCCCUCCAACAACACCAUCCUGAGCUUUAAACAAGCCGUUACUGACUUCCUGGAGGAGAACUCGGACAACGACAGGCUGAUCGGCGUCCACUGCACACACGGCCUAAACCGCACUGGGUACCUGAUGUGCAGGUACCUCAUAGACGUGGACAGUGUGGACCCUGCGGCAGCAGUGGAGCUCUUUAACACCUGCAGAGGUCACUGCAUUGAGAGGAGCAACUACCUGGAUGACCUGCAGCGAGGAGCCAGGAGGAGCAACCAUGGCGUGGAGCAGCCGGCGGAGAAGGCAGCCAGAGGACUCGCCGUGGAGAGACCGCCGCUGGAGUCUGCUGAAGGACACAAAGGCCACGCCCCCACAGAGGCGACUCAACCAAUCUCAGAGAAACAACCAUCAGGACAACGGCGGCACAGAGCGAGACAUCAGCGGGGCCGGGGGCGUGGUGGGAGCCCUCCACAGAGCGGACUACUGAACCCAGCCCAUCCUCCCUCUGCCCCGCCCCCUCCUGCUCCCCUCCAUUGAUACAUCUGGAGCUGAGCCCAAAAACAAACAUCAGGAAAAUUAGAAGAAUAAACACCUAAAAAUAAAAAAAGGAUUUUGAAGUCA